AUGAAGCUGUCCACGACGUUUGCCCUCGCGGCCCUGGCGUCGGAAGCCGUCUCACAAAAGGUGGUCUCGGCCAGCUUUCACAAAAUCCAGCUACCCUUGGACCUGGUCCAAAUCACCCGCCGCGACAACACUCUCACCCUUGCAGCGCUCAACAACAUCACCGGCGGCGGGUACUACUCGGAAGUGGAAAUCGGCACGCCAGGACAGAAGGCACUGCUGCACGUUGACACAGGCAGCAGCGACACGUGGAUCGUCGACAAGCAGGCCGAUCUCUGCACGAGCCCGAAGCUGCAGCGCCUGUACGAGACGGGUUGCACCGAGACCUUCAACUCGACCGCCAGCUCGACCUACAAGGUCGUCGGCCGCAACAGCUUCGACAUUACGUACCUUGACGGCAAGAACAUCCGGGGAGACUAUAUCCAGGAUGCCGUGAGCAUUCAUGGGAAGACCGUCACUGAUCAGCAGCUUGGCUUGGCGUUUCAGACGGUCAAGGGCACCGGGCUAAUCGGGCUGGGCUUCUCGCAGACCGUGGCGGCUAAACGCAAGUAUCCUACCAUUCUCGACAACAUGGUUACGCAAGGUGUCAUAGGCCGGAAAGCUUUCAGUAUCUGGCUGAAUGAUCUCUCAUCAUCUGAAGGGACCUUGCUUUUCGGUGGCAUUGACACGGAGAAGUACAUAGGGUCGCUCACCACGCUCCCGCUCGUCAAUGACUAUCACUCUGGUAACAUGACAAGCUACAGUGUAGCUCUGACCGGGGUUGACAUUGAAACACCAGACGGCAAGACGGUCGAGAUGGCCGAGGACAAUUUCAACGCAUCGACCGUCCUCGAUUCCGGAUCUACGGUAUGUCUCCUACCAGAGCAAAUGGCCAAGUCAAUCUGGGUAAAGUACGACGUCGUCGACGCGGGGUACGGCUUCAUCGACUGCAAGUGGGGGGGCGCCGAAGGCCAAGGCCACUUUUUCGAUUUUCAAUUCGCCGGCGUCAAGAUUCGCGUCCCGAUGGAGGAGAUGGUUCUGGACAACCUGGGCCCCAUCAUGGACCAGCUCAAGGGCCUGACCCCGUUUGAGAAGCCCUGCAUGUUCGGCAUCCAAAACAGCGCCACCUUUGACGUCAACAGCACAGAGUUUGCGCUGCUAGGCGACACGUUCCUGCGGAGCGCGUACGUGGUCUACGACGAGGCCAACCGCCAGGUCGGCAUCGCGCAGUCGAACCUAAACGCGAGCCGGUCAAAUGUCGUUGAGCUCCGGGUGGGCGAGACCGCCUUACCGACGGCUACGGGCGUGGCUAGCCAGGCUAGUACGCCAGCACCGACGCCGACGCCGACGAGGGCGGGUACGGGUACGGGUACAGGAACGGGAACGGAGACGGGGACGGCGGCUGCCGGGAAAGCUACGUCGAUUGUGUCGGCAGGCCUUGCGACGCCAUCUUCGAGCGAAUCCCCGAAUGCCGCAUCACAUCCCGGGGCGGUGGCUUCGGAAACGGAUGGGUUUUUCGUGAUGACACUAAUGUCUGUCUUUGCCGUCGUGGGCGCGGCUCUGAUGGCAGGUUAA